AUGCGCGAAAGUUGGAAGACGGGCCUAGAGGAUGACCGAUAUCUCUGAUGAAAAUGAUGACGACGAUGAUGAUCUUCGAGGAAAGUGGCCACGGCCGCUCCUCGAUGGAGAGCGACGCGUGUGUGGAACGAGGACGAAAGAUACGAGGAGUGAAAUAUUUUCGCGACUAGGUUGGUGGAGAGGAUGUGAGGAGGAUGCCCCUCUGGCAUUGGAAUCGCAUGUAGCAAGUACCGAUAUUCCUCCGCGGUUUGCGUUCAAGUUCAAUGUUAUAAAUGGGGCCGCAGAGCAGGUUCCGUUCGCAGUUCUGACACAGAUUUUCGCAACGACGUCAGUUCUUCGUCGGAUCUUCGAGAUCUUGGAUAAGACGACAGUAAUUUUUUUUUUCAUCCCGAAGGAUUCAUCAGUUCGCAAAGAGUUUUCUUAAGGUAGUUUUGGAAAAUGGCUCCAAACCUCAUAGGAGCUUCGGCUCUCUUCUUGGAUGAAGCUACUAGAAGCGGGGAAUCCCCUAUUAAGCAACAGCAUCAAGUAGUCCGACCCAAGAGGACGCCACAAGGGCCGCAAUACUCUUGGAACAUAGUGUGGAGGAACGUGCUGGGAAUGCUUUACAUGCACAUCUUCAGCUUCUACGGCUUAUACCUACUCUUCUGCGUGUGCAAAUGGAAAACUUUCUUCUGGAGUUUAUUUUUGACGAUCUUCGGGGCGCAAGGUGUAACAGCCGGAGCGCACAGAUUGUGGGCUCAUCGCUGCUACAAAGCUAAACUACCGUUGAGGAUUCUUCUGGCCUUUGCGCAAACCAUAGCAUUCCAGAACGAUCUGUACGAAUGGGUGAGGGAUCACAGGGUGCAUCAUAAGUUCACAGAUACGGACGCCGAUCCGCAUAACGCGCAAAGAGGUUUCUUCUUUUCUCACGUCGGUUGGUUGUUGGUGAGGAAGCAUAAGGAUAUCAUGACGAAAGGGAAAACUGUUGAUAUGAGCGAUAUGCUUGCUGAUCCAGUGGUGAGGUUCCAAAAGAAGUAUUACCUUUUGCUGACUCCGAUCUGCUGCCUUCUGGUUCCGAUGCUUGUGCCGUGCUACUACUGGAACGAGAAGCUGUACAUCAGUUGGUACGUGACCACCAUUCUUCGGUACACGCUCUCCUUGAACGGGACUUGGUUGGUGAACAGUGCAGCUCACAUCUUCGGCACCAAACCAUACGACAAGAACAUUGGACCUACAGAAAACAAGUUCGUUGCUGCAAUUGCUUUCGGCGAGGGAUGGCACAACUACCACCACAUCUUCCCGUGGGAUUACAAAGCGUCUGAGCUCGGCUACAAACUCAACGUUACCACCAGCAUCAUCGACUUCUUCGCCUGGAUGGGAUGGGCUUACGAUCUCAAAACGGUCUCGCGUGAUAUGAUCGAGAGGCGAUCCAAACGCACCGGAGAUGGAACCAGAUCUCCAACUCAAUCGGAAGAACUGCUCGAGGAUGAUCAGCGAAGAGAAGGUCACGGCAUAGCGGGCGGUAUUUGGGGAUGGGGCGAUGGUGAUAUGACCGCCGAAGACUUGAAUGCUGCUGAAGUCCACAACAGGCAGCUUCUAUAAAAAAAAUAUAUUUAUUUGUUCAUAUGCGUUUGCACUAGUUAUCAUUAGGUUUUAAGUGUACUUGUUUCCAUGCAACAGCGAAAAAUUGAAGCGUUUAGUUACCACUUGUUGAUUUCCGUUACCAUAGUUUCGGAUGCACGAACGCGACGUAACAAGGAUUACUUAGCAACUUCGAUUUGCUCUCAUAUGUAAAAAAAAAUAUCAUUUUGUAAAUAUUUCAGGAUUAAUCCUGAAAAAAAAUUACACAAAGACCAUUUUUUUUUAACUAUAAUUUUAAUGGGAAAAAUCCGAAUAAUAUCAUCAUUGUAUUCAUUUUGUUUUGGUUACUAGACACUUAAAGGUUCAUUUGUUUUAAGUUACCUUAGUUACUUACGUUGUCGUUACCCUAGGUUUUUACAUUCCUUCCAACACUAAUUCAACUAUUUAAUUUCAUUGCGUCUACUAGAAAACAUCUGAAUUAUCGAAAACCGCAAAUUUCACAGCCAACUUUAAUCGAAUGUUUUAAAAAUAAGAAUACUGAUGAUUUUGUUAUCACUAAUAUUGCGGCAAUCCAUUAAUUAUUAACGAAUUUUGCAUUUACAGAGAAAAAAACGAUCUGUUUUUUUUUUUGCUUUAU